AUGGCGCCCAUGCAGAUACCUCACAAGGAUGACCUGGAGGAAACAUGGUCUUUCCUGGCGGCUGGUAUCGAUAGUGUGAUGCUCAAGUUGGAUGAAGGCGUUGAUAUGAAACACUACAUGGCCCUUUACACCGCAGUGCAUAACUUUUGUACUUCACAGAAAGCGGUUGGACACUCCACCCUUCAAGCGCAUCGUGGAGCACACCUACUGGGCGAGGAACUGUACAAGCUAUUGAGUGAGUACCUUUCUUCCCAUUUGUUGUCCGUGUACAACGAAUCAAUUCGGCAUAACGGAGAGGCACUACUGGCAUUCUAUAUUCGCGAAUGGGCACGUUAUACUGCUGGAGCGAAGUUCUUUCACCAUCUGUUCGGAUAUUUGAACCGCCACUGGGUCAAGCGAGAGAUUGAUGAAGGAAAGAAGAAUGUGUACGAUAUCUACACCCUGUGCCUGGUAAAGUGGAAGGAUGACUUCUUCGGAAAAGUUCAUUCUCCGGUGAUGGCAGCAGUCCUUGAUUUAAUUGAGAAGCAGCGCGAUGGCGAAACGAUCGAGCAAUCUCAGAUCAAGAGCAUCGUGGAUUCGUUUGUCGCAUUGGGUCUCGAUGAAAACGACAGCAGGAAAUCUACUCUUGAAGUCUACAAAACUUACUUCCAGAAACCGUUCAUCGAUGCCACCACCAAGUAUUACGAAACCGAGUCACGCCGUUUCGUGGCGGAGAACAGUGUCGUGGAAUACAUGAAGAAAGCAGAGGCCAGACUUGAAGAGGAACAGGCUCGUGUAAACCUCUACCUGCACCCAGAGGUCACGAAGAGUCUCACUGCGACGUGUUUGCAGGUCCUUGUCAGUGAUCACACUCUCCUGCUACGCGAUGAAUUCAAAAUUCUUCUUGAAAAUGAGCGUCAAGAGGACCUUGCUCGGAUGUAUCGGCUUCUGGCACGUAUUCAAGAUGGAUUGGAUCCGCUGCGCACAAUUUUCGAAACUCACGUGCGAAAGGCUGGUACAGCUGCUAUCGACAAGCUCGCCGCUGAUGGUGAAAAUGUCGAGCCCAAACUUUAUGUCAAUUCUCUUCUUCAAGUUCACGCUCGGUAUCGUAAAUUGGUCGAUGAUGCCUUUCAAGGAGAGUCUGAGUUUGUGCGUUCUCUCGACAACGCCUGUCGAGAAUUUGUCAAUCGCAAUUCAGUUUGCAAAACCACAUCAGCCAAAUCUCCUGAGAUGGUGGGCAAGUAUGUUGAUUCCUUGUUGAGAAAGGGUAACAAGGCUGCUGAGGAAUCGGAGGUCGAGGGGAUACUGUUGCAGAUCAUGAUUGUUUUCAAGUACAUUGAAGAUAAGGAUGUCUUCCAAAAGUUUUACUCAAAGAUGCUGGCGAAACGUCUAGUUUCUUCAAUCUCGGUAUCUGAUGAUGCAGAGGCAUUCAUGCUUGGCAAGCUGAGGGAGGCCUGUGGAAAUGAAUACACCCAACGGUUGACGAAGAUGUUCACGGACGUUGCGCUUUCCGUUGAUCUCAAUGGUCAAUACAAUGAAUGGCAAAGUAAGGUCCUCGAUGAUGAGGAUAGAAAGCGACUUGUGGACGGUCAAUUUAUGGUUCUCGGAGCUGGAUUCUGGCCUCUCACCCCAUCCGGCAACGCUUUUACUGCACCUGCUGAGCUUACAAAAAGCGCUGAGCGUUUCCAAAAGUUUUACUUUAACAAGCACAAUGGUCGUAAGCUGACGUGGAUGUGGGUGUUGUCAAAGGGUGAAAUGAAGGCCAACUAUGUUAAGAACACCAGGGUGCCGUACACAUUCCAGGUGUCUGCCUACCAGAUGGCUAUUUUGCUGUUGUUUAACGAGGCCGACAGCAUUCCCUACUCAGAUAUUCAGAGUGCUACCUCACUCCCUCCUGAGAUUCUCGACCCCACCCUUGCAAUUUUCUUGAAGGCGAAGGUGCUUCUGGCAAGCCCUGAAGGUGCCAAGCCCGAUCCUUCCACGAUAUUUUCCCUGAAUUACAACUUCAAGAAUAAAAAGAUCAAGAUCAAUCUCAACGUCCAGAUCAAGACUGAGACAAAGCAGGAGAUUGAACAAACACACAAAACAGUAGAUGAGGAUCGCAGACUGUUACUUCAGUCGGUCAUCGUCCGGAUCAUGAAGUCUCGUAAGAAGAUGAAGCACGUCCAGCUCGUGCAGGAGGUCAUUCAGCAGGUCAAAGCCCGCUUCCCUCCCAAGAUUGCAGACAUCAAGAAGAACAUCGAGACUCUGAUGGAGAAGGAUUACAUGGAACGGUUGGAAGGGGAUGAAAUUUCCUACAUCGCUUAG